CAGACAACUGCUUCAAAAUCAACUGAUAAGCUUUCUGAUCGAGAUGAAUCGGCCCAGGCUCAGAGGAUCCCCACAGCGAAUACCCAAUCGGAGCAGGCAUCAUUCACGGAAUAUGGGGUAUUCAAAACAGUCCUCUAUUACAAUAAUACCAGCACUGUGCAACUUUUCGAAAAGAAAUCACCAGUUUCCCGGCCAAUAUUGUCGCCGACACAAACCCGGAAAGGGUCCAUGCUGACGAAAUUAAAGCAUGCUUCUAUGCCGAAGCCAACAAUCAGGGAACUCUACGCAGUCAGAGUAUUUCACCAUACCAAAGCCAACUUGGGCCGGGUGCCCAACCUCCCGCGAGAUGGAAGUAGAAGACCACCACUAUCUCAUCCAAAUAUUGUCUCCCUCAUCGAUAUUCUUUAUAAUAAGCAAGGAAAUAUUUGUCUUGCCAUGCCCUACUGUACUGGUGGGAGCUUGCACGCUUUUCUGCAACAAGUAGCGAGGGCCAAAGAUGGCCUGUCACUUGAGGAAAUAAACUGCUUGAUUGUCCAGAUAUUGCGUGCAAUCGGCUUCCUACACGACCACAGGAUUGCCUAUGGGGAUUUGAGGCCAGACCAUGUACUCCUCACUGCCCGAGGUGCGGUGAAGGUGGGUGGCUUUGGGGAAGAUGAAGAUGCAGUGCGGGAAUUGGUCGCAUUCUCACGUUUUGAAGAAGCUUAUCCUCAGUCUGGACUCAGACCAGGCAAAUCACGAGAAUCUAGCUCGAAGUUGCUCCUGUGUGUACGAAGAAGUGUGUCGGAGUUGAGUACUCCUUAUCUUCCUCCAGAGAGGUUUUCCAGUCGCCGUGACUCUGUCCGUCAAGGCUAUACCCACCAAGAUAUUUAUGAUGUUGGGGCGGGUGACAUAUGGGCAUGCGGCAUGAUCUACAUGAUCCUACAGUCUGGCCAACUUCCCUGGCGCACCACCCGGACAGUGGAUCCGGACAAAUCCUAUACUGAAUAUCUUCAUUGCCGUUUGAAGCAAGAUGGAUAUGGCCCUAUACAGGCUCUGGAAAAUAAUUGUCGGAAUGUUAUUUAUGCAAUGUUGCAUCCUGACCCGGGCCUGAGGAUUACAGCAGAAGAGAUUCUGAGCUCCGAAUGGAUGCUGGGAAUUGCUGUUUGUGAGAUUGGGGAGAAGGGGUUGUAG